AAAAACACAACAAGCAGGCAAGAUAAAUGUACUCACCAAGUCAAAAUCCCAAAUCCGAACGAAGAAAGCACAACAGCUAUGAAAGAAAAGGGUGUUACAGAAUCCAAAGGCAACACUGAAAUUGACGCUGCAAAACUACCUACAAGGACCAAUUUACACAAGCAAAAUAAUGCCCAAUAA